AUGACGAGACUAGUACCACAACUGCAUAACAACAACAACAACAACAACAACAGCAGUAAUAACAACAGUGACAACGACUUAUCAUCACCAUCAGUCAACUUUGCCCACGUUGCCACUAACGAGACACCAGUACCGCAUCCAUCAUCAGCAAUGGGUAUUGACACUACGCUGACAACAUCACCACCACAAAUUGCAGACCACGUCCAUUCUUCACACAUGCAGCAUCACGAGUUUGCUUUCUCGUCUUCGUCGCCCUCACCAUCACCAAAUCCAGCAUCUGAUGACACGCUUCCCCGCUCUAUAUACCACAGUCCAUCAACCUCAUCACAUCCUAGUAGAUUGCUUGGAAAGAAUUUAAAGAUUGAUGUACCGUCUAAUGAUGCAAACAUUGACAAUUAUGUGGAACAACCAACACAACAUCAUUCCAUUAGAUCAUUACAUACUAUUCUUGGCGAACCACUAUCAUUUCAACACCAAAAUGACACCAAUUACACCAAUACCGGAGCAUCUGCUCCUGCAGGGACAAAACAACCACAACAACAACUACAACCAUCACCAUCACCAUCAAAUCAAACUAAACCAGCAACCAAUACUGCAGCCGUACCAUUGGAAGGCAUAACUCAACUUCCUACACCAGUAUUACCCAAUGAUUCAUUUGCCAACUACAGUCACUACCAACAAACGCUUUUAUCAUCUCCACCUAAACGGAGAGAUAGCGCUAAUUGGUUCAAGCCAGCACAAUCAGCAUCUCCAAGAAUUAUUUCCGAUUUCAAGCCAAUUGCUAGAGCUCAUAGCUUAAAUACGGGGAAAAGGGUGGUGUCCAAUCCUGUUGAAUUGAAAGACAUGACUAGUGCCUCCAGCACCGAAUCAACAACAAGCUCAGAUAAGAAUCAUCAUACGGAGCAAUCACAUCAUCAACAACCAACUAGUUUAGAAUCACCCAUUACUCCAUCUACGUCGCCAAUUAUACCUCAACAAAGUUCGAAAUAUGAUAAUAUCGAGUUUUAUUCUCAUAGAUACAAUACAUCCUUCAAGUUUAUAAAAGAGUUGGGACAGGGCAAUUUUAGUACUGUUGUUUUAGCUAGGAGUAUUAAUGAUGAAGUUGCAAUUAAAAUUAUAACCAUUCCCGAAUCACAAUCUCAAGUGGUCAAUUUCAAAUCAUUUAUUCUUCGUGAGUUGAAUAUUCUUUACCACGUGUCUUACCAUCCGUGUAUAACUUCAUUAUUGGAGUAUGAUAUCACAUUGGAUAUUAAGAAACAAGAUAUAGAGGCAGAAAUCAUUCCUGAAGAUGCAGAUUCGGAAGAGGGUGGUUCUAGUACUUAUUCAGAAGAUGUGCCUGAAAAUCGAGACCAAUUAAUCUUCAUCAACUAUUGUCAUGGUGGAAACUUGUUGUCGUUUCUUUUGGAACAUGGUCAAUCUAUGAAUGAGAAUAAUAUCAACUACUGGAUCUACCUUCGUCGCAUUGUUUGUGAACUUAUCCUUACUACGUCGUUUCUCCAUCAACAAAAUGUGAUUCAUCGAGAUAUCAAGUUGGAAAACAUCUUGUUGUUGUACUCGGCCGAAGAAGUAGAUCAAAUAUUUGCAUAUAAUGAAACAAUGUCAACGCCAUUUAUGAAUCUAAGUGAUUUCGGAUUGUCGAAAAAACUCACUUCACCUGACCAAAUGUUACAAACUAGAUGCGGAUCACAAGACUAUAUUGCUCCCGAAAUACUCAUGGGCUUGAAAUACAACGGACAUUCAACUGACACUUGGUCGAUCGGAGUCCUCGUUUACUCAAUUUUGGAAGCAAAACUCCCAUUUGAUGUUCGAGCACCUUCUUCGUCGUCAGCAACAUCAAACUCCGGUAUCUCGCCCUCAGUGUUGAAACGAAGGAAAUCGAAGAAAGUCAGUACUGCUCAUCGAAUCGCCAUGAUUGAUUGGGGAUGGCAAGAUAUAAAUGACCGUAUCAAUAAUGGCCUGAUUCAUGAAGAGAUAAGAGUAAUUCACAAACAAUUGAAAUCAUUUGUUGAUGCUGUGUUGGUGCGUAAGGAUCGACGUCCGUCAGUGGGGAAACUUUUGGAAAAAGAAGAGUUCAAGUGGAUAAAGGAGAACGUGCCACAAGCCAUUGUCAGAUUCAACCUAAUGCAAUAA